AUGGGCUCCCAUCCCGACGCUGAUUUGCAUGCAUCUGCAACUGGCCCGGCGGCGAAGAUUGUCGAGGCCCACCAGAAAGAAGAGCCGUUGAAGCUGUACUCGGGCUGGUUCUGUCCUUUCGUUCAAAGGGCCUGGACAGUCUUAGAGGAGAAGAGCAUCCCCUAUCAAUACAUCGAAGUGAACCCCUACAACAAGCCCAAAUCCCUCUUAGACCUCAACCCCCGCGGCCUCGUCCCCACCCUCCAGUACGACAACAAACCCCUCUACGAAUCCACCGUCAUCUGCGAGUUCCUCGAAGAAGCCUUCCCCACCCACACCCCUCAUCUCCUCCCCUCGGACCCCUACGACCGCGCCCGCACGAGGAUUUGGACAGAUUUCUGCACCACCAGGAUCAUCCCGUCUUUCCAUCGGUUGCUGCAGUUCCAGCCGAUGAGCGAUAAGGAGGGGCUGGAGGAAGCGCGGCGGGAGUUCUUGGGGAAAUGGAGGGAGUUUGCCGCUGAGAUGGAGGGGGAGGGGCCGUUUUUCAUGGGCAAGGAGCCCGGGUUGAUUGAUUUCGUUGUUGCGCCUUGGGCGUUGCGUCUUUGGGUCUUUGAUCAUUACAAAGAAGGCCUUGGGCUGCCGGCUGAGGGCAAGGGUGGCGAGGACGAAGCUACCUGGGCGAGGUUCAGGAAGUGGUUGAAGGCCAUUGAGGAGCGGCCUAGUCUGAAGAACACGAUGAGCGAGAAGGAGCAUUACUUGCCCAUUUACCAACGUUACGCCGACAAUACGGCGCAGAGUGAGUUGGCGAAGGCUACGAGGAAGGGCAGGGGUGUGCCGUAG